AUGGGAGUUGGGGCCGCUUUAACUGUGCCGUCUGCAAUGCACAUGAUCGUGCACCUAUUCCCAGAACCGACAGCACAAUCAAAGGCAAUCGGAGGUUUUUCAACUUCUGGUGCAUUGGGAAAUAUGCUCGGACUUGUUAUAGGCGCCCUUCUGACAUCAUUUGCAUCUUGGCCUUGGGUGUUCUACUUCAUGUCAAUUCUUGGAAUCUUAGAGUCCAUUGCUGUAUUUUUUCUUUGCCCCCCUAUAGCGCGACCCAAGUCUUCCGCUCUCGAGAAGGCUAAGCGUUUCAGGAGACUCGAUGUUUUUGGUGUCAGUCUCGUGACAGUAUCCUUGAUCCUUUUUAUCUUUGGUGUCACUUCGGGCGCAAGUAUGGGAUGGGGACAGGCAAAGGUCAUCGCUCCUUUAGCGAUUUCGGUUGUGGCUAUGGCAGUCUUCUUCGUAUAUGAAGCAUACUUGCCGGAAUACUUGGCCGCAGUACCUCCUAAAACUUGGAAAUAUCAAAAUUUCGGCAUACUUAUUGCCACUGCGUUGUUGCCAUAUAUGUGCUUGCCACUGAGUCUGGUGGGAAUUCCCGGAACCGUCCUUGUGACUAUCCUACAGCAGAAAUUUCCGCUCAAGUGGGUCAUGUUUGUUGGAGAGUGCAUCACGAUUGCGGGCACUAUUCUGUUGCCGUUUUCCAAUUCAAAGCAGCGCUAUUGGAGGCUUGCAUUUCCUGGUACGCUCAUUGGCUCCUUUGGUGUCCUUGUUACGUUUGUAACAUCCAAAAUCCUCAAUAUUGAUACCGUCAAAAGUGUGGCAAUUUUUGCUACAACCCCGCCAGAGGCUGCUGGGGUAGUCGCGGCUAUUUUCAAUUCUUCUCUUCAGGUGGGGUGUGCAGCAGGAAUUGCGAUAGUAACUUCUAUUCAAACAAGCAUCCAAAUUACGCACGGUGGGCCGUUAAGCUUUGUCGGACGUGCGGAUGGAUUCUGGUUUUUAUUUGCAGCCGUAUGCGUCUUGACGGUGGCGUUAUUGUUGUUUAUGAAAGACACCAUUCCACCUCUCGGAAUGAAGCUCCAUUCUCAGGUUAACAUAGCGGUGGAUUCAAAUGAGAAAGAGGCUGCCGGACCGCUCGAUAAUGACGAGGAGGCUGGUGACACUCAUGGGGAGUUGUGA